AAGACAAGGUAUAUCACAACAGAGAAAAUCCUGUAUGAAGAAAUGACUACUCUAGGUGCAGCACUGGCCUUGCUGUUUCAUGCUGGUUUUGCUACGCUCACGCAGAGUGAUGUGGUGAAGACCUUCCAACUUGGAGACAAUGUCACUCUAACGUGUACUGCAUCUCUGGGAGCAGGCAACUACUUCUACUGGUUCAAGCAGCUGGUGGGGCACCCUCCUCAGUGCAUACUAUCUCUCUAUGCUCAAUCAAAUGACCCUGUGUUCUACGGGGAAUUCGAGAAAGAUCGUCGCUUUAUUCUGCAAAAAAACCGGACCAGCGUGGUGCUCACAAUUUUAAAUGCAAAAACCACCGACGCAGGACACUAUUACUGCUGCACACGGAGCUAUGAGCACAUAUUCUUUGCGAAAGGUGUCUUCCUGAUAUAUGAAGGCAUAUAUUCCAGAAAAAGAAAUUUCAUUCAGCAGCCUGUGUCAGACCCAGUGCGUCCAGGAGACUCGGUGACUCUGCAGUGUACAGUAGACGGUGAGACGUGUGCAGGAGAACACAGUGUUUACUGGUUCAGACACGGCUCGGGAGAAUCCCUUCCGGGACUCAUUUACACCCAUGGAAACAGGAGCGAUGAGUGUGAGAAGAGCCCUGAGGCUGGGUCUCCUACACACGGCUGUGUCUACAGCCUCCCCAAGAGGAACCUCAGCCGCUCUGAUGCUGGGAUUUACUACUGUGCUGUGGCCACGUGUGGGGAUAUGUUGUUUAGAGAUGGGACAGCGGUGGAGUUUCCAGGUUCAGACCAAGAAAACAAUAUUAAUCCUUUAGUCUUUGUUCUGGUGGCGUCUAACAUCUUAUGUGUUCUCAUAAUUGUUGUCUGCCUGAAAAUGACAAGAACUAAAGAUAUAGGACAUCAAUUACCUUCUCUGCCAAGUACAAAGACCCAGGAGCAGCAGCAGAUCAACUACGCUGAGUGCAGUUUCCCAAAGAGGAAGCUCCACACUGGGGCAAAUCGGGAACAGAUUGAAACCCACGUCCUCUAUUCUGCUAUUAGAUACAAAGAAUAGGACUAAAAACUAAACUUACAAAAUCCAGCUUCCAAACCUGUUGAAUUCAAAGCCUUGCAAAACUGUAAUAAUAAAAGGCAUUUACUACACCUGGCAAAAAAAUUCAGAUUAAUAGAAUUCAUCUUUUUCGUGAAAAUUAAUAGAAUUUUUCCAGAUGAAUACUUUGGUGCCUUUCGACGAAAAUCGGGGGUUAGGUAUGAAUUUAUUGCGUCGGAAAAAAUACUUGUUCUCGUUGAAUUUAUUUGUCAGUUAAGGUAUUUUUUGAGCUUGAACCAAUUUUGGUUUGUGAUUUCAAA